UUAUCGUGAAACGAGGCUUCUUCUCUCGAUUUAGGGUUAGGGUUUUUGGUACCUCGAUCGGAGGCGGAGAAGAGAAGAUGGUUCAGCGAUUGACGUAUCGGAAGAGGCAUAGUUAUGCCACGAAAUCCAAUCAGCACCGUGUUGUGAAGACCCCUGGCGGGAAGUUGGUUUACCAAUCGACCAAGAAGAGGGCGAGUGGACCCAAGUGCCCCGUCACCGGCAAGCGGAUCCAAGGGAUUCCUCACUUGAGGCCUGCUGAGUACAAGAGAUCUAGAUUGUCAAGAAGUCAGAGGACCGUGAAUCGUGCCUAUGGUGGUGUUUUAUCUGGAGGUGCUGUGAGGGAAAGGAUCAUCCGUGCCUUUUUGGUUGAGGAGCAGAAGAUUGUGAAGAAGGUUUUGAAGAUCCAAAAGGCCAAGGAAAAGCUGGCGUCUAAGAGCUAAGCUUGUGGGAGGAAGCAAAGCAAAAUGCUUUUGAGUUUUUGUUUACUCAGGAGAAAUUUUUGACUUUCAUGAUGAUGUUGAAUGUGGGUGUUUGCAGGGACAAAUGUUGAAAUAGUUGUUGGGUUAAUCAUUUAUUUUUCUCAAGUUUGUGUGAACUUGCCCUUGAUGGCAAUCUGGUAUACUCUUUCUACCUCUGUUCCAUUUAAUGUUUUGUUUAAAUGA